AAACAAUGGGAGGGUGGUCCUGCCUUGGGAUUGAGGAUCAGGGUGAGAAAGAAACGUUUGGAAGCAUCAGUGAACCUUCAUCUGCAGCUGGRGUUAGAAGUGAUGAAUCAUGAUUUCUCUGAUAAUCAUCAGUUUCCUGCAGGAGGCGUUUGCAGUCGCAGGUGUAGCCCUGGACCCCUGCUCUGCCUACAUCAGCCUGAAYGAACCCUGGAGGAACACAGAUUUCCACGUCAACCAGUCGUCCAGCAGGCCCCUGUGUGACAGCCACGUGUCCGGGGAAUGGUACCGCUUCACUGGCAUGGCCGGGGACGCCAUGCCCACCUUCUGCAUCCCCGAGAACCACUGUGGCACCCACGCCCCCAUCUGGCUGAACGGCAGCCACCCACAGCUCCACGACGGCGUCGUCUCCCUGCCCGUGUGCGCCAGCUUCAACGACAACUGYUGCCAGUGGAACGCCAGCGUUGACGUGAAGGCUUGCCCCGGAGGAUACUUCGUGUACCGCCUGCCCAGACCCUCCGUCUGCUUCCACGUCUACUGUGGCCAUUUCUACGACAUCUGUGAUGAGGUUGAGUGCACCGGCCCCAGCUGUCCCGCAUCCGACUGUCGCUGUGGACCUGGAACUGUCCUGGGUCCAGACAGACAAACGUGUCUGGAUGUAAAUGAGUGCGAUCAGGGGAACGGUGGCUGCGUAGAGGUGUGUGUGAACACCAAAGGCUCCAGGGUCUGUGAGUGCGGGAGGGGCCGCACGCUGGAUGAGGAUGGACGCCACUGUAGAGAGGUUGCAGGCUGCCAUGUCAACAACGGAGGCUGCAGCCACGGCUGCUCCCCCCUGCAGGACGCYUAUCGGUGCCACUGUCCCCGAGGACUGGAGCUGGGAGAGGACAAACACACAUGUCAGGUGCCAGUCCAGUGUGACCCCAGCUCCAUCACUGUGUCCGUCCCUAAAGACUUCGURGGAGGACUGGAGCUUUUUCUGUCCAACUCGUCCUGCAGAGGCGUCUCCAAUGGCACGCACGUCAACCUCCAGUUCAGCCUGAAGACCUGCGGCACCGUAGUGGAGGUGACAGGUGACAAGAUCGUAGGGACCAACUUGGUGACAGGUCUCCCCAGGAACAGCCCAGGCAGCAGCAGGGACCUGAUAGUCCGGACCGGCAAGUUAGUGCUCCCGGUCACCUGCGAGUUCCCCAGAGAGUACCAGGUGUCAGACGAAUACCAGGCCAGCCUGCGCGGCGGCUCGGCCCUGGAGCUGGCGGGUCACAGCGAGGGAGUCUUCCGGUUCAGCCUGGAGCUCUUCAAGAACUCGCAGUUCUCCGAGCCCUACAGAACCCCGCCUCAGCUGCGCCUGCACGACUCGCUGUUCUUUGGGGUUGAGCCCAAAGAGAGAGUGGAGGGCCUCUCUGCCCAGGUGGAGAGCUGCUUCGCAACUCCAGGACCCAGAGCCGACCAGGGCCUCAAGUACUACCUCAUCAAAGACGGGUGCAUCUCCGAUGAAACGGUGACACAGUACUYGUCGAAGGACCAACUCUCCAAGCACUUCCAGGUCCCCGUCUUCAAGUUCAUUGGCAAGGACAAUCGACAAGUGUUCCUCCACUGCCAGGUGUUGGUAUGUGGGGCGGGAGACACCCGCUGUGCCCAGCGCUGCCGUCCACGUGUGCAGCGGGAGACUCGAACGGGGAAAACUCAGGAGCCUCAAACACUGAGCUCAGGCCCCAUCUAUAUUUUACCUUAGUCCCAACCAGUGUUGUACUGGUCAAACCUGUCCAAUUAUUACUUAAAGUAGACAUAUCCUGCUUUUAAAUCCUUCCCUUUUCACAUUUAAAUCAUUCAGCUGGGGUCUUUAUAAAGUGGAACUACAACGCUUUGAUCUGAAUWCCUUCUUAUUCUAAAUUCACCAGCUCCUCUUUCACCACUUUCCUGCUGUCUGUCUCAAAGCAGCUGUUUUUUUUGUCACUGUUCCUUUAAGAUGCUUCAAGCCCCGCCCCCCUCCAGCUUCCAAACCAGUCCACUCCGGUUAGAGGGGUAAUCAUUUUCUGGCUUGCAGAAAUGUUUUAUUGACAUUUUAAUUAAAAGAUGUCAACAACAGAAAACUUGUCCAGAGUCUGAACCAGAAC